CACAGCUAGCACGCUUUCACUUCGUACAUGUGCCAAGUCUCCGAAGGAUCGCCCCAUGCAUUACAGACAUGGUACCGCACAGCCUCAUUCGUGUCCCUAACCAGCGCACUUGUUUCCCUAACCAGCAUGUCUUGACGUCGCCACAGCCCUCUUUAGCCCAACUUCAAAGAGGCAUUGUGUAGACAACAGUUCAACACAGAAUCUUUUCCUACCUGCGAAGUCUACAGGAUGAAGAAGCGGUCUCGUGCUUGUGAAGAAUGUCAUCGGUUAAAAAUCAAAUGCGAUUUAAGCACCUCCCCUGCAGGAACGGCAUGCGAGCGGUGCAGCCGCAACAACCUGGAAUGCGUGCCGUCGACGCCACGUCUGCAACGGGAUCGCAUCAGUGAACUUGAAGCCCAGGUCGAAGAACUUAAGAGGACGCUGCGGGAACAGAGCAACAGCAGCACGCCAAGCCAGUCACCCGCGAGCCAACUGGAAGACCACAAUGCAUACAUUCUAUCCUUUUUGGACGUUCGCAUUCCGCUAGGAAGACAACAAGAUUUGCUCCAUCUCUUCCCACAGCAGGCAGGGGCAGUGUGGCCGGUGAUUCGCGUUAUUACGGACCUAAACUACAUACGCGAGAGAUCACCGAUUCUGCUGCUCUCGAUACUGGUGUAUACUGUCACUCACAAUGUUCAAGGGACCCAGCUCGAGGUGCACGAUGAGCUCGUGCGACACACCGUACACAUUCUUGGUGAGGAAGUCAUUGGCAGAGGGCAGAGAUCCCUUGAGCUCGUCCAGGCGUUACUGGUCGCUGCAUUCUGGAACAAAUCGACUCGGAAAGGGGAACAGGGAAGCUGCUAUCAGCUCAUACAAUUGGCUACCGAUAUGGCAAUCGAUAUCGCACGUCGUACCUGGCUAGCCUGUUUUGUAGCCCUUGCAUCAUCUGCCUCCAGUUUGCGCCGGCCCAUUACGGUUCCGUGGAAUGCCCAUCAUGAAGAGUGCGUCUCAGCCCUGGAGAGCAUAGGAGAACCGUCUGACAUCUUUCUUUGCCAGCUCGUCCGCAUCCAGCAGUUGAUCCAAGAUAUCCACGAUCAGCUUUUCCUUUCCCAAAUAGCUGCCUUUGUAGACAGCAGCGAAUUCGCGACUUACGCCGCAAUGAGCACUCUGAAGAACAGAGUAGAUGCAUGGGCAGCCCAGAUCCCACCCGGCCUCGCAUCUUCACAGACGCUCAAAGUAUGGUACCAUGUAGCCAUGAUCUUCGUAUUCGAGCCUGUACUCCACACGCCUACGAAUAAGGCCGCAUUUGUCGCACCGUUCAUUCCAGGACGUAUUCCCAUCAACGACUUCCCAAAACCCACCAACAUCACAAUCCCUCUGAAGUUGGCGCUCGAAGGCCUCGUAAGCAAUUGUCAUGGUGUGAUUGACACCGUCACAGAAAUGGAUCCCUCGGUGCUGGUCAACAUCUCAACGUUCUCAUUCACACCCUUGGUGCUGUAUUCGCUCUACGUGCUGGUCACGGUCAUGGUAUCAGCCAAUGAUCCAGCCAAUACGUACGGACAAUAUGUUGCGAGGGAGAGCUUCCGUAUCGAGGCGUGUGGCUUGAAGCUCCGGCAUUUGUCAGCUUCGAUGAAAGCCUUGGAUCCUACGUUCAGUUGCUAUACGACCCGUAUGAUGGACGCGACAAAUUGGCUCGAGCAGUGGUACAACGACUACACUGCCAUUCUUCGGCGGUAUGAAGCAAACCUUGCGAGUUAG